UAACAUACAUUUAUGGCACUUGUAGGCCCACCUGUUUUGAUACAUGUUUGUUUUCACAACACAAAUGUACGUUUACACCCAUUGGAUUGCUUUGUGUUAAUUUAAGAUCCUCUCCAGCUCAUUUGGCAUGUUAAUAGUGUAUCUGGGUGCAGAUGUUGUGGUCUGUCGACAGCUGGCUUGCUGUGUCCUUCUGAAUGAACCCAAUGGGAGCCCUGGUCCAUGUGCUCAGUUACCACUAAGAGGAACACCUGCAGGGAGAGCACUGGGAUCUAGUAUUACACUGUGCACCAUGUGCUCAACUACCUGAGGAACACCCAGUCAGAUGGUCUGUCUCAUGCUACAGCCUGGAGGAGUGCCAAGUAAUUGGGAUGUAGGCUAGUAUAGUGAUGAAAAAAACAGGUUGAACACUUUCCCAUCUUAGUGUUGGGCCUAAAUGUCAGUAUUUUGCUGGGCUGCUUGGAUGGAAGGGAUGGCCCAUUGUGUUGUAACGGUACUGCCUCGGCCAUUGUUAUCCUUGUUUAGGGAAGUCAUGUGCUUCCUGCUUUCUGAGCCAACUGACUCAUCUCACAAGGAACAAUCUGCAACUGUGCUGCGCUGUGGAAUUCAACAGGAUGACGAGGCCUAACUCGGUGCAACUGAGUGUAAAGUCAAAGGAUAUGCAAGGCUUUUCCCAGAGAAUCUAUCAGAUAGUGUCUCUGUCUAUCCUUUAAUUCGGUGUGGAAUGACUUAAUACAGUUUCUAUGGAUGUCUAACGCAGAUAACCAGUGAGUGGUGUCUGUGGUUGGUUUGCACAGAAAGGGAGUCUGUAAAUUAUAAAAACAAAUGCAGGGUGACAAAAGAAAUUGCGACAUCAGGGAAGGCACUGACUGCCUGCAGAAUGAAUUUGUUGGCUGAGGGAGGUGGGUGUGCUGAGCGCUGUCUUUCCUUGCGGCUGAUGGCAGCAGCGGAGGGAGGGGUGGGGACAGGUUCUGUGUGGCUUUAAUUGAUAGCUUAAUCACAGAGCUCUGUCUCUGUAGAACCUAGUGAAAUCACACUUCUCUACCUCUGGAGGCUGCGUGCUUGUGUUAUCUCUGAAGACAACAUCAGUUGUCCACCUAGACCAGGGGUCUCCAACAUUUUCUAGCAUGAGAGCUACUUUUAAAUAAUGUAACAUGUUGCAAGCAUAUUUUUUUUAGCUCAUUCUUUUCUUCUCCACUCUCCUGCAACUCUUCCCGGGAUCCUUGGUGCACUACUUUCUCUUGUACAGUAUGUUUUCUGUCAAUAUACCUGGUCAAAUAAUGGUAAUAAACAACUCUAAGGGGGAGCUCUAUAAAAUCUUUUUAUAUUUUCCCAAAUUAUGUUUUCUCUUUUUAUUUUCCUGGUUUUGUUAUUAUUUUUUAAAUACUCACAAAAUUACAAUUGUUCAUAGAGAAAAAAGGAAAUGGGAUGUUCUGAGUCCAUGUCUGCUUAAAUCACAUCAGAAGAAAAUUUUUAGAUCUGGAAGAUUUUUUGGACUGUAAUUUUGACUUAAAUGCGCAUCUAACCCUUUAAUUGUGCAUCUAGCGAGUGAGGAAUGGUUUUGGGAAAUGUAUUUCUGUCGACCCACAAGACGGUUAUCACAUCUACUGCCUACGCACGGAAUGAUAUAAAAACCGGGGCAAUAUUGCUGGAAAUUAAUUGUGUUAGGUUUGUCUUUUUAAGCCAAUAUUGGCAGUAGUUGGGAGAUUGUGGUGGCUGAUACUUGUGAGAUUUGUUUGACAGUUUGCUGUGGAAAACAUAAAUGUUAUGUACUUUCUGAAUUGUUUGGUGAGCUACUCAUACAUUAUAUAUUCAAAAGUAAGUGGACACAUCUUCAAAUUAGUGGAUUUGGCUAUUUUAGCCACACCCGUUGCUGACAGGUGAAUAAAAUUGAACAUACAACCAUACAAUCUCCAUACACAAACAUUUGUAGUAGAAUGGUCUUACUGAAGAGCUCAGUGACAUUCAAUGUGGCACUGUCAUAGGAUGCCACCUUUCCAAUGAGACAAUUCAUCAAAUUUCUGCCCUGCUAGAGUUGCCCCGGUCAACUGUAAGUGCUCUUAUUGUGAAGUGGAAACGUCUAGGAAUGAUCUGUUCUUGGUUGCAACACUCACUACCAAGUUCCAAACUGCCUCUGGAAGCAACGUCAGCACAAUAACUGUUAAUCGGGAGCUUUGUGAAAUAGGUUUCCAUGGCCUAGCAGUGGCACACAAGCCUAAGAUCGCAAUGCCAAGCGUCGGCAGAAGUGGUAUAAAAUUUGCUGCCAUUGGAGUCUGAGCAGUGGAAACACGCACUCUGGAGUAAUGAAUCGCGCUUCGCAAUCUGGCAGUCCAAUGGACAAAAAUACAGAAAUGGUUGUUGAGAUCAUUGUGGAAGAACUUGACUGGCCUGCACAGAGCCCUGACCUCAACCACAUCGAACACCUCUGGGAUGAAUUGGAACGCAGACUGCGAGGCAGGCCUAAUCACCCAACAUCAGUGUCCGACCUCACUAAUGCUCUUGUGGCUGAAUGGAGAAAUGUUCCUACAUCUAGUGGAAAGCCUUCCUAGAAGAGUGGAGGCUGUUAUAGCAGCAAAGGGGGACUUUCUCCAUAUUAAGGCCCAUGAUUUUAGAAUGAGAUGUUCGACGAGCAGGUGUCCACAUACUGUUGGUCAUGUAGUGUAUGUAGCUGCGAGCUACUGGUAGCUCGAGAUCGACCUGUUUAAGACCCCUGACCUAGAGGGAUCUUGUUAUUGUCAUCAGGUAGCAUCAGAUUGCAGACUGUUCCUUGGCUUUCAAAUCCAAUUGAGUCGCUGACUCAUCUGUCUCGGGGUCAGGAUAGGGACUGUUACAGCUCCAGUUUCCUCCAUGUUCACGUGUCUGUCAUGCCUAAUGCAUUUCAGGUAUUAAACCUGUUUUAAAGGAUUUGCUCUAACACUUCUGGUGUUCUGGUUUCUAAGCUUUUCCAGUGAUCUAUAUACAUUAUACAACUCAAGGAGUUGCAGUCCUUCCGUGCUUUAUGUUCUAAGGAUCUAAUGAACACUGAAACAGUGGGAAAAUAGGCCUAGUUACUCUACCAAAACCUGUCCAGUUAUUGAUCUAUGUCACGGGUCUUCAACCUUUUCUUGCCCAGGGGCCCCCUGCCAGGCAAACCGGCAACCCAUGGACCCACAUCAUAUGUUAGCAAAACAUUUCCUGUCUUAUCACCAAGUGAAUGAUAGCUAGAAAGGUAACUCCAAACAUAUCUUAACUAAGAGCAGCUGUUUAGCUGGUUAAACAAAGGUUAGUUAGCAAAAAUGUAUGUCCAAGUCAAAAAAGCUUACCUGCUGCCAGCGGCACUUGCCUCGCUGGUAGCCCAUUCGCCGGUGCUUAAUCAAAGCCUAUGUCAGAUACUCUAGUGAGUGUAACUGGCUACAAUGUGUGUAAUUGGCUCAAUAUUGGGAGUUGAAAAAUAAAGUUGACAUCAUUAGAAAGAAGAGAUUCUACUCUUACUGUAGGAACGUAUAUCAUUCAACAUUUAUUUUUUCGGUUGUUUUUAGUGAUAGUCAUAAAACCAUUGAAAUAAUAAAACAUAAAACAUCCAUUCUCCCCUUCCCUGCAGUACUUCAGCGGACCCCUAAGGGGCCAGGGACCCCUGGUAGAAUACCCCUGGUGUAAGUGUUCUGUCUCAACUGAUGUGGGGUUGAAGAAUACCUACUAGCUCCUCAGUCCUGUCCUACAGUAUCUAUUCGUUCCCUCUUUUCUUGAGGACUUCUCAUAGCUGGUUUGCCUGUAAUGAUUCAAACUCAUGUUUAUAAAGUCUUAAUGUCAUUAUGAUUACAAACGCCUGCAUGUAUUCCAGUCCCAUGAAUAGGCUGUGUGCUCUUGUCUUCAUUGACGUGAUGCUGCCUGCAGAGGGAUGGAAAUAUGACUAUCACUCCAGUUCAAUCCCUCACCAUGUCUUGAGUGCAAAAAAUACACUGUAUUUUAAAAAGCCUAAUUUAAAUGGCUAAUUAUUCAUGGCUGUCCGUAUCAUUGCUUUCUGAAUGUUUGUGUGUUGUGUCAUUUUUUUUUACACAUCCAUGUGUCUAGUUAGGAACAACACAUUGUUUUACUUUGAACACAAUCACUGUGUUGGCACAUUUAACACAACAUGUGUGGUCCCUAACUAGACUGAUGAGCACUAUCAUUGUUGAGCCAUGUAUUGUCUACUUCAAUCAAAAUCAAAUGUAUUUAUAAAGCCCUUCUUACAUCAGCUGAUGUCACAAAGUGCUGUACAGAAACCCAGUCUAAAACCCCAAACAGCAAGCAAUGCACAUGUAGAAGCACAGUGGCUAGAAAAAAACUCCCUAGAAAGGCCAGAACCUAGGAAGAGACCUAGAGAGGGACCAGGCUAUGAGGGGUGGCCAGUUCUCUACUGGCUGUGCCGGGUGGAGAUUAUAACAGAACAUGGCCAAGAUGUUCAAAUGUUCAUAGAUGACCAGCAGGGUCAAAUAAUAAUAAUCACAGUGGUUGUAGAGGGUGAAACAGGUCAGCACCUCAGGAGUAAAUGUCAGUUGGCUUUUCAUAGCCAAUCAUUCAGAGAAUCUCUACCGCUCCUGCUGUCUCUAGAGAGUUGAUAACAGCAGGUCUGGGACAGGUAGUACGUGCAGUGAACAGGUCAGGGUUCCAUAGCCGCAGGCAGAACAGUUGAAACUGGAGCAGCAGCACGACCUAGUGGACUGGGGACAGCAAGGAGUCAUCAGGCCAGGUAGUCCUGAGGCAUGGUCCUAGGGCUCAGGUCCUCCGGGAGAGAGAAAGAAAAAAAGAGAGAAAAUUAGAGAGAGCAUACUUAAAUUCACACAGGACACCGGAUAAGACAGGAGAAAUACUCCAGAUAUAACAGACUGACCCUAGCCUCCUCGACACAUCAACUAUUGCAGCAUAAAUUCUGGAGGCUGAGACAGGAAGGGUCGGGAGACACUGUGGCCCUGCCCGACUAUACCCCCGGACAGGGGCAAACAGACAGGAUAUACUUCUAACUCAGGGACAUGUUUCCUAUUGGUUGAUGACAACAUAUCAUUACUUCCUAUUUUCUUUGAUUAAGGGACUCGUUAUAUCUGUGUCCCUGUCUUUAUGCUGUAGAGGGAACGCCUUAGUCUAACUGUUCAGUAGAGAGGCCUCAAUACAUCUCAGGAGAGGCUGGUAAGUUGUUGUCUGCCAGUCAGUCUUGGCAUGAUUGCAAUGUUCUGACCCUUUGAUAGGCCAGGAUUCAGGAAGCAUGUUAUCCUACAUUCUAGAUCUGGUGUGAUGCAUGUCUUUGUCCCUCACACUGACUCAUACAUGCUUUGUUUGAUAUGGUCUGACCUGUCCAGAGCUUGAUGAUGUACCACUGGCUUGUCAGCUCUGUCAGAGAAUAUAAAGACUUUCCUCUCAGUACAUCUCACUGUAUUGCAGGUGUUGCCAGGCACAUUGUUAUUCACUUGGCUUUUUACAUUUUUUUAUAAAAAAAUGUACCCCUUUUUCUCCCCAAUUUUGUGGUAUCCAAUUGUUGUAGUAGCUACUAUCUUGUCUCAUCGCUACAACUCCCGUACAGGCUCGGGAGAGACGAAGGUUGUAAGUCAUGCGUCCUCCGAUACACAACCCAACCAGCCGUACUGCUUCUUAACACAGCGCGCAUCCAACCCGGAAGCCAGCUGCACCAAUGUGUUGGAGGGUACACCGUGCACCUGGCAACCUUGGUUAGCGCGCACUGCGCCCGGCCCGCCACAGGAGUCGCUGGUGCGCGAUGAGACAAGGACAUCCCUACCGACCAAGCCCUCCCUAACCCAGACGAGGCUAGGCCAAUUGUGCGUCGCCCCACGGACCUCCCGGUCGCGGCCGGUUACGACAGAGCGAACCCAGGGACUCUGAUGGCACAGCUGGCGCUGCAGUACAGCACCCUUAACCACUGCGCCACCCGGGAGGCCUAUUCACUUGGCUUUUGCAUGGAUACAGAAUAGUAAUCCCUAAGUCUGUGUUAGUCAUAAUAGGAUGAUAUGACUAUCACACUGACAAACACUGGUAGGACGGGUGCCUGAUUUACCCCCAAAAAUGUAUCAACCCGACACUGAUCUUCUGUUGUAUCUGUAGCUUCCAGUCAGGAUCACAACAUUUCAUGAGCAUAGAUCAAGUGUGACAUAACAUAAGGAGUUGUGGAUGGCACCACCACCGGUAGUAUCCAUUGUGUUACUUCUUGCUGCCCUUCGUGGUGUUACCAGCCUUAUCAUGUGUAGCUCCUCUACUAAAGUUGGUUCCACCGGCUCAGGCUGAACGCUAAGGGCAGGUGUGUGUGUGUUGGUUCUUCUAACCUUGUGGGCACCUAAAAUCCCCAACUGUCCCCAUAAGGAUAGUAAAACAAAGAAAAUGAUCAUGUGUGGAGACAUUUCCCACUUCCCCAUGAGGACAAAGGUUAUUUUAAGUUUAAGGGUUAGGAUUAUAGUUAGGGUUACCGGUUAGGGAAAAUAGGAUUUUAAAUAUAAAUUAAUUUUAAGUCCCCAUGAUGUGUUGGUUCUAUCCUUGUGGGGACCUAAAAUCCCCAAAUGUCCUUAAACUUAGGGGUUACAAUUAGGGUAAGGUGUUCAAAUAUGGGUUUGGAUUAGAGUUAGGGGAAAUGGGAUAAUAUAACGUAACGUGUGUGUGCAUUUGUGCGUCCGCGCACGAAAGAGAGCUCUACCUCAGGACCAACGUUGUAGUCUGAGGACAGAAGCGUUCUGCCUGAUGAAGUUAGUCUGCACUUCUGGUCAUCAGUGAAAUCAGAACUAAAAUUAGACCUAAUAAAGGGAUGAGAACGCACUCCUGGAGAACGCUCAUUCAUUUCUCUGUGAGGCUGUGGUGGACUACAGUUUCUCCUCUGUUUGGUUAUGGCUCUGAAGCAGCAGAACAGUUAUACUAGGUGUACACAUACACACACCACUUGACCACAGAUGUUAUGCCCUGGUGUAAUCCAGGGGCACUGCUCUUGGAGGGCAGAAGGGAAGGGAGAUGUUAGUGUAUAUCUUUUUCACGUCUUGCCACAGCUCCAGUGUCCCUGCUGUGUUGGCUGUCAGGGCCACUGUCCUUUGGCCUGGUUGAUGGGUGUAGAGGUGGGCUCAGGGUUUCCCUAUGGGACUCCUUCACACCCUCAUCACUGGGCACUACGUUCACAGGUGGCAACUCUCUUACUAACCGUCUCAUCAGUGUCACAGCCUAGCUAGUCCUAAGCCUGUGACCUUGUCUGUGCAGCUUUAGAAGAUAGACUUCCCAGUGCAAGUCACAACAUAAACUGUCCUUACAUUCACUUCCUUUUAUUUACACACACAGUAGAUAUAUCAUGCUGGUGCCCACACACAGUACAAUGGACUAGACAUAUUAUUAGAAGAACAUGUCCCAUGUUUAGUUAAUAUGGGUUCUUUUGUCUAGUCAAUUGGUCUUGUGUGGCUCAGUUGGUAGGGCAUGGCGCUUGCAACGGGUUGUGGGUUCGAUUCCCACGGGGGACCAGUACAAAAAUGUAUGUGUUCACUACUGUAAGUUGCUCUGGAUAAGAGUGUCUGCUAAAUGACUAAAAUGUGAAAUGGAGGUUGGUAGAGUUGGCUGAUGUCAUGGUUCUGAGAAAGAACAGUGUGUGUUAUUGAUAUCUCACUUGCACUGGGACUGCACUUUCUAGAAAAGUCUUCAAUCAGCUACCUCAAAAAAACAUUCUGCUUGUUGUCACUUUAGGUCUACGUACUUCUGAUGCGAUAACAUAUGUGAGCUGAUUGGACAACAAUAGCUGAGCUGCUGUUGAACAACCCCGAGAGCAGAACAGAGUGCACAGCCUGGCCCUGAGGAGAGUACAGGGCCACACUGUAAACCAUUUUGUGUUGUUUUUACUGUAACUUACAGGCAGCUAGUUGCCUGUAAGUUACUGUAAAAAAGGUACAUUAUGUUACCGUAUUGUAUGGUAUCCAAUAGUGUUACUGGAAUCUUAUUUGCCUUUGUUUUUAUGGUAACUUACAGGCAACUGGCUGCCCGUAAGUUAUUGUAAAACAACUGUAAUCUUAUUAUGGCUAUUGUAACAAAUGAAUUAAUUAAUGGAUAAAUUAAUACAAAAAUUAAUUGAAGAGUGAUGGGGUUUGUAUUGUACAGUAUUUUACCGUAAUUGCAUGGCAGUGGAGCAAUCAGGUUGGCUGCUAGUUAUUGUGUUUACAUAUGAAUACCACUUUGGGAGCCUUUGUUAAGGCCUCUAGAAGUGAAAGUGAUUUAAAAUACCUAAUGUUGUGUUUCCUAUCACUUGCACUUCUAGAGGCCUUAACAAAGGCAUCCAAGCUGGAAGUGACUAAAGGGCAAAACAGACUGAAGGACAAUGCAGAUACUCAACCAUUAAAGGUCAGGGUGGGCAGAGCGGACAUCGUGUGCCCCAUCACAGAGUGCAGUGGUUACCUGGAGGAGAGCCUGGUGAUGUCCCACCUGGGCAGUGAGGAAGUGGCCAAAUACAAAUACUUCCUGGAGCUGAGCCAGAUUGACUCUAGCACCAAACCCUGUCCCCAGUGCAGCCAGUUCACCUCGCUGAAAGGACACACCCCCAGCAGGGCAGAGCACAAAUACAAGAUCCAGUGCACAAAGUGCCAGUUUGUGUGGUGCUUCAAAUGCCACGCCCCCUGGCACGAGGGCCUGAAGUGCCGGGACUACAGGAAAGGGGACAAGCUGCUGCGUCAUUGGGCCAGCAUCAUCGAGCACGGCCAGAGGAACGCCCAGAAGUGCCCCCACUGCAAGAUCCACAUUCAGAGGACGGAGGGCUGCGAUCACAUGAACUGCACCCAGUGCAGCACCAACUUCUGCUACCGCUGUGGGGAGAAGUACCGCCACUUGCGAUUCUUCGGGGAUCACACAUCCAACCUCAGCGUGUUCGGCUGCAAGUACCGCUACCUUCCUGAGAAGCCCCACCUCCGCCGGCUGGUCCGGGGGUCCGUGUGUGUGAGUAAAGUGGUGGUGGCCCCUGUUGUCAUAGUCCUGGUGGUGGUUGUCGGAGCAGUAUCCAUGGUCAUAGGACUCGUGGCUUUUCCUAUCUUCUACAUCUGUAAGAAGAGACGGCAGCGGACCCAGGGUACUGGCCGUUGGCACUGAGCUGAGCACCAUGGCAGUGUGGUCAGGACCCUGCUCCAGAUACGAAGCCCAGGGAGGGGACACAGGGAUUUGGGGGGAGGGGGGAGGGUUGGUUUCCAUCCACAGCCUGAGAAGAGCAAUGCUUUCCAGUGGCCUUCUCUCUCUACUGCAUGUCUACCACAACACUGUAUGUGGCUCCUCCUCCAGCCUGUGGAUCUAAAGGCUCACAGAGCAGUCUACUCCUGUUCCGCCCAACUUACCUCCACAGUGUCUGGGCUCCUAUAGCAUGGCUAGUGAAACAGAAACACAUUGGGUAGAAUGGGAAAGAGUUACUGAAGACGUGUGGGUGAGUCUAUCACCAUUCUUUUGCGGACCCUGAGCACCUGCAUAUUUAUGAUAUUUUCAGGGAUUUUAUUGUGGUGCGUCCAUACAGGUAACUACCAAAAUGAAGGAAAAACUUGAGUAAAUGAGGGAUACAAAGUGCAGUGCAUUCAGAAAGUUUUCAGACGCCUUCCCUUUUCCAACGUUUUGUUACGUCACAGCCUUAUUGUAUUUUUUCCCCAUCAAUCUACACACAAUACCCCAUAAUGACACAGCAAAAUGUUUGCAAAUGUAUAAAUAAAUAACAACGUAUACGUUAUUUACAUAAGUAUUCAGACCCUUUGCUCUGAGACUCAAAAUUGAGCUCAAAUGUAUCCUGUUUCCAUUGAUCACCCGAUGGUCACUCUGACAGAGCUCCAGUGUUCGUCUGUGGAGAUGGGAGAACCUUCUAGAAGAAGAACCUUUAAGAACACAACCUUUAUUCAACCAUCCUUUAUUCACAUUACUAUAAUACAAUAUUUCAGUUGUUGUGUAUAAAGAUUCUGGUCAUUAUAGUUAAUUACCAUGCUUUCUGCACUUAAAUAUGAUGAAUUUUGACCUGUGGAAAACUACACCUGUCUAUAAUGUCCCACAGUUCAUGCUUGAUUUGCUCAUUGAGCUUGCAGAAAGAAAAAAAAACUAAAUGAAAUUCAAAUAAUUGAACUGAUUUUCGGUCAAUUAGUUGUCUAAAAAACGAAAAUAAACAGAAAUGUCAGCUAAUCGCCCAGAACUAAAACAAGUGUGGUUCCUGAGUUAAUUAAGCAAUUAACAUCCCUUCAUGCUUAGGGUAAAAAAAAAAGCCCAGUGCACAAUAUUUUGGCUACCAUGGCUAGAAGAAGAGAUCUUUGUGACCUUGAAAGAGGCUCUUUAAGGAGCAUAGGGGGUUUAAAGGGUGUGUGUGUGUGUGUGUGUUUGUGUGUCAGUCAGUCACCAGAUCUCAACCUUAUUGAACACUUAUGGGACAUUUUGAAGCGAUACCUGAGACAGCGUUUUCCACCAAAUUAUGGAAUUUAUUGUGGAAAAAUGGUGUCUCCCAACGCCCUAUUCAGACUCUAUGUUGGCGGUUCCUUUAUUUUGGCAGUUACCUGUAGAUAGUUACACACAACAAGUAGUUACACACAUUUUUUAUGACCAAUCCCAAACUGCCCUGUAAGUGGUGAUUGUGUUUUAGUGAGAUUCAAGGUUCCAUUCCAUACACAUACACACGUUCAGCCACGUCCAUCCCUGCCAACCCCAGAGGGCUGUGCCCAUACAGACUGGUAUUUGCAUCGUCAACCAAAUGCAUUUGUUUUUUCCAUGUUGGAAACAAACCAAUGGGGACAGCACUGUUGAAAUAACUGCUGUUUCAUGCCCAGUAAUGAUGCCACAAUAUAUGUGUUUGUUUUGAAAAUGUACAUUUGACAAAUUUUCUGCCUCCUUCAAUGGUCAAUAUCAGAUGUCUGCUGUGAGAAUAUAUCUAAAAACCCAUUCAAUUUAAACAUGGAUAUCUAUGGAGGACAGACAGAGAGAUGUACAGUAAGAUCCAUGAUAGAGAAGUCAUGGUUUUGUUAUUUACUUUGAGGAGCCUAUUUAAGGAACUCACUUUCAAGCUCAACUAGAUUGCAUGAAACAAUCACCUUCCCAUAGUCGUCCAUUAUUUAAAUCUAGUUGGAAUUGUCAUACAGUACAUGCUAUAUGUUUAUGAAUGUGUCUAUGAAGUUCAUAUUAGUCAUGUCAGGGGUUUCUGUUCACAUCAAAUGUAUAAGCCCGGUGUCUUGAUAUCAUUAAUAAUAAACCAUAGUCCAUUCUCAAUUUGAAUUUGAAACACUGAUUACAAUAGGGCAUGUUUAGUUAAGCUUUCUCUCAAAUUCAAUUUGGGCACAACAUUAGUAAAAAAAAAUGUGUAAUUGUUUGUAUCACAGCUGAUAAUCAAAUGUCUCUUAAACUUUUUUCCAGUGGCCUUUGAUUUAAGUACCCUUUUGAAAGGCACACAAUGGACCUGAAUCUGUGCCAGUGGAUUCUCUGCAGCUUUAAAGGUUGUAACUUGGCAACAGUGGGCCUGUCCACCUCCCCCUAUCUACCCAAUCUUCUCACCAUGGCCACUGUAUUCAUCCGACAUUCAGACACUGCAUUGAUUCAUGUGUUAUUAAUAACACAUACUAUGGUGAGGAUGAUGAUGGAGAUGGAUGAAAGCUUGGUUACUACUUCACUCUAGUUCCUGUGACGACUUCAGUUACCACAAUGUCAAAGGUCAUGAACAGAAUUUGAAAUCUAUGAGGCUUUUGUAAUUGUUCUCAGGGAGCAUUCUGUUCACGUUCUCCACUGCUGUCUUUCCCUGCCCCUUUAGCUCCCAACUGUGCUACAUGAUCAAAGCCUGACACACAAAUGGUUUGUUUUGGUUUUUGAAUGAUUUUAAAGAUAGAGCUUACCAGAUACCAGGUAUGAUAUCACCAUUGUUCUCAUCGAGUAAUCACCUGGAUAUAAUAUAUUAAAAUGCCAUUGUUUGAUGACACUUUUAGUGUAUACAUGUUACCUUUUAACCUGACACGUUGAAUUGACGUCUGGGCAGGUGGGUGAUUCAACUCAGAUGUCUGAACUUGCCCAGGGGCUUAUCGGCUGGCUGAAGUCCCUAUUAAAGCCAUUGAGGUGUUGUUACCAUAAAGAUUACCUGGUGCCUUUACAAAGAUUGUUGAUAUAUGCUUGAUCUCCAUGUUAUUCCUGACUUUAAAGAGAAUCUCAUCUCUGCUCCAAAAAAGGUCUGUAGCUUGCACAACUGAAAUGGUCAAUUUCUCCUGAUCUAGAUAUAAAUGAUCUAGUAGUUUAAACUAAAGCUACAACAACACAGAUAGUAGUAUUUCAUGUAUUGGUUGGUUUAUGAAAAUCAAAUGCACAGAUUUGUAUUCUACUUUUGUUUGUGGGUCUUCGAUGCUGCUGCACCACUAUCUUCUCAGUUGUUGUAAUUCAUGUUUUGUAGAAAACUAAUGUAUGUUUUUAUCAGAUGGAAUUGUAGAGUUAUUAAACAGUGAUGGUUGAAAUGCCAAAAACAUC